CACCUAAAAUAUCACAGUGGAAUCAUUUAUUGCCUGACAGAUGGCCGGGUAUAGCUGGUGGUAGGCUCGCGUGCGUGUCGUGGGACCUGGCUUCAGGCAAAACCGAGAUGAUGAUCAGGAAAUGAGAUAAGCUAGACUUUUUGGCAGCGAUAAGGUGAAAGAUCUGCAUCAACUAGGCAACGAUGAUCAUGAGCAACUGCCCCGGAGGAAAGAAGCGAGAUACGGCAUAACUGACCCACACAGACUAGACGCGGGCUGGGGACCGGACCGGAGCGUAUACACGAUGGCACAUCAUCAGGUUUACUUCAUCAGAGAGAUGUCGGGGAUUGUGUUGCUCUUUAUUGCAGUAUCUCUGGGUUGUGUUUGGUGUGUGGAUGGUGCAGCCACUACAGACGCCGGGACCACACCCAGUCUAUAUACGACCAUUGAAGCCGAUGCACGAACCGACGAUUUGCCACAAAGCGACGGAGGCACCACACCAAACUUCAAAGAUUCUGCAACCUCAACCACUUCAGGGAAUACGACUAUCGUCAGUACAUCGUCGGCGGCUCCAACAGAGGUUUCCCCGGACCGAUACGGACAAAUCCACUGGCUGCUUUUCACGGGCUGGCAAAUGCCUCUGGUCAUGGUGGGUGUCGAGAUUAUCGCGUACUGUGUGACCAUUUUCAUCGUGUUUGGGUUCGGUCAGAAGCGCUCGAGAAUCAAGAGAUUUGGACAUUUCUCUUGGAAGCGGCCCAACCCGUUCGUAGGGCAAGAUGAUUUGGCUUCAAGGGCUUCAACGCUGGACAGUAGACUCAAAGUUAGGAAGCCGUCCGUUAGAGGCCACCGUCCAUGAGGGCCACACCCAUUCAAAUCCACCUGUUUACAUUUAUCUUGUCAUGCUAUAGUGCACCUUGUAUAUAUCUCAUACAUUUUGGGAUGUAAGCUACGGUAUUCUGAGUCUAGUAUAUGCAAUUGUAUUAUUAAAAGUGUGUAUGUUUAUAUAUUGUAUUUUCCAAAUCAAAUGCGAUUCGAAAGCUGUUUUGAAACGGUAACCAGUUUGAAAAGUAUAUCUCUAUCAUUACAAGAACACUAUAAAGGAAGUUGAUUCUCUUGCCGUAAAAUGCUGGGCCAACUUCCAUAAAUUAUUCGCAAAAACGUGUUGCAGCUAAAUUAAACGUCAAACCAAAAGCACGACAAUGCUGUUGCCAUGACGACAUUGGGGCUCGCGGUUUGACCGUUACCACCUAACACUGUCCACGUAACAUCGGUUUCCAUGCCAACAAAUGAGAACACUGACCCACGCCAGUGUUUCGAUCGGACAUUAAAAAAUGAUAACGAAUAAAUAAUAACGAUGAACAUCGUGGAGGUAAUUUUCGUAGACAAUUAAAAUAUACCGCUAGUUUCACCACUCUUGACACGCGCGCGUUCUCCGACCCACCUUUAUAAUUUUCUAAACACCAAAUUACAUUACUACACUAUCUAAUCUCUCUAUUAUGCAAACAACACCAGUAAUAAUUGAACAUAUUAACGGCGCCGAAGCGGUGAAAUGGCGUGUCAUUAUUAUACACGUCAUGUCUACACGCGGGAAAUUUGCCACUUCAAUGAUGAUUGAGCCAUUAACGCAGAGUAAAUAAUUAUCUUCAGAGAGAAAGGUGGCCCAAUCCCGCCCCUUUCCUGAUCCUCUUCACAGCUUUGAUGAAAAUGAAGUCGGUGUUUUCAUUUAAAAAUUAAUGUAACCGGAUCCAACGAAGUGGUCUGAAAUUUAAAAAUGCAGGGGGCCGGGAAUGCGCGUACUCACUUUCAUUAGGUUUGAAGAGCUACAUAAAUAUGUGGAUGAAAAUGAUAACAGGUCAUGUUGAUUCCCACUUUUGCAAGAUUUGUUUAAAACGCUAUUACUGCGACUUGUGCUUCAUUUGGUUAAGUUUGGAUGAAAACUAUUAACAUAUAUAUAUUCUUAGUAUUAUAAUAGUUUAUUAAAUCCCGAAUAUUAUUUUACUGUCAGUUGAUCAAAGAUGUAUACGUAUCGGUAUGCUUUGUGGGGAAAAAAUAAUAAAAAGUGCACAUUUAUCUAAAAAAAAAAAAAAAAAGCAGUACGAAAAUGAAUAUUUGAUUAAAUAUACAAAAUUAAUUAACAAAGUGACACCGGUGCGCAAAGAAAAUAUAACAGAAAACUUUGUGGCAAAUGUUUUAUUUCGAUUUCAACUUUGUAAAAUUGAACAAAUACUCGGGUGGAUAUAAGCAGUAUGUAAAAACCAAACCCUACCUGUAUAUUUCUUAAAGUAAUGGUCUAGAACAAACUACAUAACAAUACGAAUAUUUUAUGUCAAGCAUCGUAAACGUUUAUGACUGUGGUUGUCUUGCGUCACGGGGAAAGAUCAGGGUAAUAUUUGCUAUAGUAUAUACUGAACAAAAUAUUCCUUAUAUUCAUUUUAUAUGCCGGAUAGCGACAGAUGGCUAACCACGCAUUUACUAUUACUACCCGGCGAAUUCAUGUUUAAUACACUGGAAAUAAUUUCUGUAUACUUUAGUAUAAAUACGCAUACCUUGGGUUCAGUUCUAAACUCCUAUAUACUUGCCACAGAAUGAAUUUUUUUUAAAAAGAAUGUAGUAUCCUAACGCCAAUACGGGUGGUUGUUGACAAAGUCUACGGAUGGUUGUGAAAUUAUUUCAGUAUUCUAUACCAACAUGUUUUGUUUGUGCAUAUUCGUUAUUCCCCUACACAUUUGCAAUCAACUGACGUUGACGUGAAAAAAACGUGGCGGCGUCAGCCGAAGAGAUACUUCAUUCUACAACUUCUAAUCUUUUUUUUUUUUUGGUCAGAAAAAUCACUACGAAAAAUGAGGUGUGAAAAUAACACCCUUGGUGUCAGUUUCAUUCUCAUUCUUACCACUUGCUAGGUAUAGGCCUAAUAGUGCUAGCGCUCCAGUGUAUAAAUCUGACC